GUAGUUGUCAAUGUCGAAAAAGAAAGGAUUGAGUGUGGAUGAGAAGAGGAAGAGGAUGAUGGAAGUUUUCUACGAGAAGAAGGAUGUGUUCCAGUUAAAGGAAUUAGAGAAGAUAUGUCCAAAAGAGAAGGGGAUCACACCCAUGUCUGUAAAGGAUAUCCUGCAGAGUCUUGUGGAUGACGAUAUGGUGUGCGCAGAGAAGAUAGGUACAUCCAACUACUUCUGGUGUUUUCCCAGCCAAGCUGUUCUCUCCAGAAAAAGAAAACUUGAAGAGAUAAAUACGGAGGUAGAGGGCCUCAAGAAACGAAAAGCUAAUAAUGGAGCUGCAAUAGAGGAAGCUAAGAAGUUACGGGUGGAAGGAGCAGAAAGGAGUGAGCUCCUUGAGGAGAUAGGAGUUAAGGAGAAGAUGCUCGCUGCUGUAACCAACGAGGUUCUCAAAUAUAAAGAGUGUGAUCCUGAAGUUCUUGAGCAAAAGAAGAAAGAGAUAUUAACGUCCAAAGAGUCAAUAAACAGAUGGACUGAUAAUAUCUUCUCAGUACAAAGUUGGUGUAAGAACAAGUUCAGUAUCGAAACUAAAACUAUGUGCAAAAAUUUUGGCAUUCCUGAAGAACUGGACUACGUCGAGUGAAGAAUAAUUGGGCGGUAUUUAUUUUUUACAGUUAGAAUAGGUAUUUUUGAAUUUUUAAGCGUUGCUAUCGGUUGUGUUCUUUGCUGACUUAUAUAACGCUAUUUCUACACAGGGUGAGGUCUACCUACCUAGUACCUAUACACUAUUAUUCAUGCAAUGCUAUUUCGCAAACUAUAAUUUCAAUUGAUGCAGAAUUUCGAUCAGCCAAUUUUUAUUUAUUUUUAAAUUUUCGCAUUGCCGAUAUAAGGCGAUCAUAAACCCUCGCUGAUUUUUAACAAUUUUACUUUUCGUGUUUUCAGAGUUAUUUAAUUCAGAAAUUCAAAGUUACAAUAUCAUAAUAUUAAAUUUAUAAAAUUCUAUUAACUUACAUAAUAUUAUUAUUGAAUGUCAUACAUGGUAUAUACAAGUACCGACCUAGGUCGACCCAUCACCC